AUGGACGACGAUGAUGACAUCGUUGUGAAGAAGAGAAAGACGCAGAAAGUGAAAAGAGUGGAGUCGGACGAUGAAGAUGAAAAAGAAGAUAUUGAGUUCAACGUUGUGGUAUGCAAUGAACUGCCCAACACUGAGCUAUACCGAGUCCAUUUUCCGAUGAGGAAGCGAGACGCUUUUGAGGCUGAGAGGCAGCCUCGUGUUCGGUACAAGAAAAAUGUUCGAAUGAUGGAGGUUCGCUUGACUCCGGACAUGUCCACUGGUUCGUUUGAUAAGGCGAAAGCUGAGCGUUUUGCCGCCAUGGCUGCCGCAAAUGUUAAAUCUGAAAAUGUCAUAGCUCAUUCAAAGUUCGAUGAGGUUUACGAAGGAAGAGCCUAUGUGAAAGAUGACUUUGUCCAGUUCGCAGUCGACACAUUCUAUAUAAAUCCAAUCUCGGGGACAUUUGAUAUGCAUCGCUCGCUUGCCCAUUUAAACAAUGCUGGCAAAGGGAAGGGUGACGACGAAGGUAAAGUUCUCGUCAACUGA